AUGGCUGAAGCAGAGAAGACAAAGGAGAAAAUGUUACAAAAGCAUCAUGCCUUCUCUUUGAUGGUAAAUGACUACAGUUUGCCACCUACAGCAGAAGGAGACAACAGAAGCAAUGACAUAACAACGGAGAUUGUAAACUUAGAUGACACUGACAUAAAAUCAUUUUCUGAUCAUGGCGUACAAAAUGAUCCAGAUCCAGUGUACACAGAGUGUAAACAACUUACACAGAAAUGCUCCAAAGACUUGCAGAGUGCCCGGUGGAAUACAGAUAAAAUCAAAGACAAUGAUGAGAAAACCAAAUUUUACACUGGACUACCAACUUAUGCUGUUUUUCUUUGGCUGUUUAAUUUUUUGAAGCCUAAGGCGGAGAGGAUGGUAUACUGGACUGGUCCUUCUAAGACAGGAAACCAAGAGAGGACAAGAGCGAGUACUGGUUCCUUGAAGUUAAUAGAUCAACUGUUUGCUGUACUAGCCAGACUGCGACUUGGGUUGUUCACCCAAGACAUAGCAAAUAGAGUUGGGGUCUCAGUAGGCACAUAUUCAAAGUAUUUCACAACAUGGGUUUGUCUGUUACAUGAAGAACUCAAAAUUUUGAAUCCUUUUCCAUCCAGGGAAAUUGUAGAUCUAACCAUGCCAGCAAUUUUUAAGAAAAAGUAUCCCUCUGUUAGAGUGAUAUUAGAUUGCACUGAAAUUUUUGUCCAGAGAUCUAGUAGUCUAGUUAACCAAAAUGCAACAUUUUCCAAUUACAAACACCAUACCACCUUCAAGUUCCUCAUAGGUAUUACUCCUUCGGGUGUGAUCUCAUUUGUAUCUGAAGGAUGGGGUGGCCGUGUUCCAGAUAAACAGAUAACUAUUAAGAGUGGACUGUUAGAUUUAUUGCAGGAAAAUGACAGUGUGAUGGCAGAUAAGGGGUUUACGAUCAGAGAAGCUUUACUUGAGAGAAAAUGUCACUUGAAUAUCCCUCCUUUCAUGGGCUCAUCAGCACAGUUUUCAACUGAUCAUUUAUUUGAGACCCAAGAAAUUGCAGAACUCUGCAUCCAUGUGGAGAGAAGUAUUGGGCGUGUAAAAAAAUUUCAUAUUUUUGAUAGAGUUCUGCCCCUUUCUCUUGCACCCCUGGCCACAAAGUUGUUUAAGGUUGCAUGCUGGUUAUCAAAUUUUGAUGUGCAGAUUGUGCCAAAGUAA